AAGAGAAGGCCCCUUGCCUUCCUCCAUUCUUCGUCUCCCUCUCGCUAAGAAACGACCGUCGGCAAGGGAGAGAAGAAGAAGAAAGGAAACGUAGCGCCGCCGCAAAGGAAGACGACGAGAUGGAGAGGAGCGUCCCGGUGGAGGAGCUGACAUCUGGUGCUAGCAGCCGCAUAAUCCCGGUGUUUAGGAACAUUCGCCGGUCGGUGCCGUCGCCGAGGUCGGUUCUGCGGAUAUUUGUCUUCUUCCACGCGAUCUUUCUAUGGUUUCUCCUCGUCCUCCGCCGGAGCGGUCGGAGUCCGGUCUGCUCCAAGGCGGCGGCGGCGGCGGCCUCCCCUCUGGCGUCGCCGCGGCGGAGUGGGGGAGGAAGGGGGGCUAGGAAGGGCUGGACGGCGAAGAAGGAGGAGGAGGAGGACGUGCGGAGGCGGCGGGCGCUGGCGGAGGAGCUGGCGAUGGUCCACCCGUCGGAUGGCGGGGACGGUGGCUGUAGGUGGGAGACGUUCGUGUUCCUGGGUUCCAGGAGGAACGCCCUCUUCUGCCGCUUGUGGGUUCCAUCGGCUGGACAUAUGAAAGGUAUUUUGGUGAUUAUACAUGGGCUCAAUGAGCACAGUGGAAGAUAUGCACACUUUGCUAAGCAGCUAACAUCAUGCAAUUUUGGACUCUACGCGAUGGAUUGGAUAGGCCAUGGUGGCAGUGAUGGAUUACAUGGUUAUGUGCCUUCAUUAGAUUAUGUUGUUGAGGACACUGGAAUCUUCCUGGAGAAAAUUAGAUCAGAGAAUCCUGGAGUACCUUGUUUUCUUUUUGGUCACUCUACUGGUGGGGCUGUGGUUUUAAAGGCAGCUUCAUAUCCUCGUAUUGAGGCCAUGUUAGAAGGGAUUAUUCUAACAUCACCAGCACUGCGUGUAAAGCCAGCUCAUCCAAUAGUUGGGGCUGUGGCUCCAAUUGUUUCACUCUUGCUCCCCAAGUACCAAUUCAAGGGAGCUAACAGAAGGGGCAUUCCAGUGUCCAGGGACCCUGCUGCUAUGUUAGCCAAGUACUCCGACCCUUUGGUCUACACUGGGCCAAUAAGGGUUCGGACAGGCCACGAGAUCCUACGCAUGUCUUCUUAUCUGUUGCAGAACCUGAAAUCAGUCACUAUCCCUUUCUUGGUGCUGCAUGGAACGGCGGAUAGGGUCACUGAUCCUUUGGCUUCACAGGAUCUAUAUAAUGAGGCUGCCUCGGUAUACAAAGAUAUAAAGCUCUAUGAGGGCUUCUUGCAUGAUCUCCUCUUUGAACCUGAACGUGAUGAGAUAGGUACAGACAUCAUUGACUGGAUGAAGAAGAGAUUACAGCAGCAAUGCCCACAAGGACUGUGGCACUCCUAGUUUGAUACAGGCAAUCGGGCAACGCAAGCCUGGUCGUUAAAAGCUUAAUCAAUUCUAGUCCAUCUUUAUGUUCUUUUACGUAACAACAGGGAGUGAUAUUUGUGAAAGCUAGAUAAUCAUCGUUUUGUAUAUUUUUAGCUUAACAAAUGGAUUUAGGAAUGCGAAAAAGCAAUGUGUUGUGGCAUGACUGCACAAGGUGGUUUUAAGAACUACAUAUGUUCUUGGUUUUAGGGACUAAAAUUAGAUAUGUGAGGAUAUAUGUGGGUGUGUAUUUAGUCUUACAUCGAUUAUUCAAUGGGUAUAUCUUACUUACUUAUAUAGGAUCAA